ACUUCUAGGCGCCUUGAAUUAUGCAUAAAUGAUUUACACUACGCUUCUAAAGUUUUUCAUUACGGUCCCAGUGUUGUUGUAAAAUGUCGAUUUUCUGUUUUGCAUGAACCUUUCAAACAUUUCGUUAUCGACCUUAGGACGAUAUGGAGUUGGAUGACUGCAUAAGGGAAUGGGGCGAGUUGGCGAAUGAGUAUAAAACUCUGGAGGCAACUAACUCGAGUUAUCUGGACUCCUUGGAAAAUUUGGAGCAAAUGCAAGAACAAUGCACAAAACAAAUAAAACAUCAGCGGUAUCAGAUGCAAAAUAUUUUUAAAAACAUCAAAUUAUGCACAAAAAACAAGAAGCUUACUUCUGAGGAGAAGGACAAACUAGCUGAGUUCGAGAAAAAUAUUCUGAAGCGGAAAGCUCAGCUGCAUGAGAUCGAACAAGGAUUACCUCAAAAGAAUAGUUUAUAUUUGAAAAUUAUUCUAGGGGAUGUGAAUGUUUCAAUUUUGAACAGAAGUGAUAAAGUUCGGUACAAAGAUGAUUAUGAGAAAUUCAAACUAAUUUUGAACGUGAUUGGUUUGUUUCUAUCGUUUCUAAAUAUCGUUAUUAAUUACAGAGCAUUGGAGUUGGUAUUCAUUUUCCUGCUGGUGUGGUAUUAUUGUACACUUACAAUAAGAGAGUCUAUUCUGAAGGUUAACGGAUCGAGAAUCAAAGGCUGGUGGAGACUGCAUCACUUCAUUUCGACUGUAAGUGCAGGAGUUCUGCUCGUUUGGCCACAGAGCGAGACAUGGCAGCUUUUCCGAACACAGUUCAUGUAUUUCAAUGUAUACAUUAGCUUGGUACAAUACAUGCAAUUCGGUUAUCAGAAAGGUGUGCUGUACAGACUUAAGGCUCUCGGCGAGCGGCAUGACAUGGACAUAACAAUCGAAGGCUUCCACUCGUGGAUGUGGCGCGGGCUCAGCUUCUUGAUUCCAUUUUUAUUCGUGGGCUACCUAUUCCAAGCGUACAAUGCAUGGAUCUUGUACAAACUUGCGAGCCAUCCAGAAGCCACGUGGCAGAUUCCGGUUCUCAGUAUUCUAUUCCUAAUUCUAUUCAUUGGGAAUACUACUACCACGAUGCUGGUCAUUCCGCAAAAAUUACGAGGGCGCAUAAAGGAGCGUUACCGGCUGAUGAGCCUAUCGUGGGCAUUGAAGGCACGCCAACAUAACAAAGAAGAAAAAAUGAAGCCCGAACAAUCCGGUUUGAGCAACGAAUGUGAUAAGACUAAAUAAAUGGUGUAUAAUACAAAAAAUCCGUGGUUAACAACUUUUUUUUGUGUUCGGAUAUGUCUAUUGUCUUGUAAAAAUCUGAACACAUUCAGGCUAUAAUAGUACACAAUGUAUAGUUGAUUCAGUGUUUUGUAAAGGGUAGCCUCAUGGAAUAAAACAAUAGAA